UCCCCGCGCAGGUUCGAAUCCUGCCGACAACGAAGCUUUUUUCUUUUCAGAACCUUACGCCAACCAGCAAACCGGAAGCGUUAGGUCAGCUUCCAGAGCACGUUGAUUUUUUAGAAUUCGACGACUUAUAUGGUUCAUUUCUGAGCGGACUGCAAAGAAAUGAUCGUUUCUAUGGUAACAAACGUAGCGUUCUCCACCGGAUAAUCAUGGCGGAUGAUUUGGAUGAUUUACUUGAUGAAGUCGAAUCAAAGUUUUGUUGUAGCACGUCUGCGUCCAAACAAUCAACUUACGCUUUAAAACAAACGGACCAAAAGUGUGCGAAUCCUGAGGACAAGAAACAGUCAAGAAAACAACGAUGCAAAAAAGUUCAGCAUGACAAUGAUGAUAUUGACGCUAUGCUGCAGGAAAUACUGGAUGAGGAUUAUCAACCCAUCAGCACUCAUGAACCCACUGCAGACAAGACUUUCACAAUGGAUUCAUGUUCUCAGACAAUGUCCAAGAAAUGCUGUCCUGUGUUUCUUGGUGGAAGCUCUGUACCUCACGGUGUUGGAACCAGCGUUUCUCAAAGCGUAAUCAUGUUUGAGGAUCACGAGUGGGACUCCUCCUGUGACUACUUAUUUUUCAGGUAA